UUUCAAAAAAGCUUUUAACUUUCCCCUCUCUCUCUCUCUGUCCUCGAGAAGAAGAAGAAAACCAGAUACAAGAGAGAUUUUUCCACUACCAAACACCUAAAUUCUGGAAAUUUCCAGAUUAACCUUCGAAUACUCUUAACUUACUCUGUCCACUGUACUCUCCUUAAGAAUACUGGGUUAUUGUCCUGUAAGAAGGAGAAAGUGAAAACCCUAGGAUACUUUGAAUUUAAUAAAAAAACCCUAGGAGCAAUACUGACCCUGUGAGAAUCGAAAAUGAGAGCCCGAGAAGAGCCCAUCUUCUACUUGUUUCUGAUUCUAGCUUCGACCUUACUCCUCACGGCGACGGCUAAAUCUACAAUCGAGCCUUGCUCAAGCAACGACACUUGCAACUCCUUGCUCGGCUACACGCUCUACACCGACCUCAAAGUCUCAGAAGUCGCAUCUCUCUUCCAAGUAGACCCAAUCUCAGUCCUCCUCGCUAACGCCAUCGACAUCUCUUACCCUGACGUCGAGAACCACAUCCUCCCUUCCAAGCUCUUCCUCAAAAUCCCAAUCACUUGCUCCUGCGUCGACGGCAUCAGGAAAUCCGUCUCCACCCACUACAAAACCCGACCUUCCGACACACUCGGAUCCAUUGCCGACUCCGUUUACGGCGGUCUGGUCUCCUCCGAGCAGAUCCAGGAGGCUAACUCGGUUAACGACCCGUCGAUUCUCGAUGUCGGGACGAGUCUUGUUAUCCCUCUUCCUUGCGCUUGCUUCAACGGCACCGACAAUUCUUUGCCGGCGGUUUAUCUAUCGUAUGUGGUCAGGGAAGUCGACACCUUGGCCGGAAUCGCGAGGAGGUAUACGACCACUAUUACGGAUUUGAUGAAUGUGAAUGCCAUGGGAGCUCCUGAUGUUAGCUCCGGCGAUAUCCUCGCUGUUCCUUUGUCAGCUUGUUCUUCGAAAUUUCCCAGAUACGCUUCGGAUUUCGGAUUGAUCGUUCCAAAUGGUAGCUACGCUCUAGCUGCAGGCCACUGCGUGCAAUGCAGCUGCGCACUUGGAAGCCGCAAUUUGUAUUGUGAGCCAGCUUCUUUAGCCGUAUCUUGCUCAAGUAUGCAGUGUAGAAACAGCAACCUCAUGCUCGGUAACAUCACGGUGCAGCAGAGUAGCGCUGGCUGUAACGUUACAACCUGUGAUUACAACGGUUUUGCCAACGGCACUAUCUUGACCAUGCUAUCUAGGUCUCUUCAACCAAGAUGUCCCGGACCUCAACAAUUUGCACCGCUUUUAGCUCCACCGGAUACUCUUCCUAAGGAUCUAAUGUAUGCACCAGCGCCUUCACCGGAAUUCGAUGGUCCCGGAUCCAUAGCAGCUUCACCAAGAUCAUCUGUGCUUCCUUCAGGCAGUGGUUCCUUCCCUGGUAACCCUGCUAAUGGUCCAGCUGGUAGCAUCUCAACUGCUGCUACCUCCUCCGUUAGCUACUUCUUUAUCACACUUCUCAUCUCCCUUUCUUCACUCUACUUAGUUUUCUCUUCUUGAUUCAACAAACAAUUGUUUAUUUUUCCGCAUAUUAAAACUCCUUUUUUUCUUUGUGACAAAGAAAAUUCUUGAUGAGUAAAACUGGAAACACUCUGAUUAUUUUUGAAGUUGCGUA